AGGUCCGGUGCAGUGGCGUACCCGCUCUCAGAACACUUCGCGCGUUUCCCGCGGAAAAUGGUGCGCUCUCGUCUUGUCAUCGUACUCGCUCGCCACAACGUGCACCGCGCCCACCCUGGUGUAAAGUGACGGUUUCAAAAGCCAGUGUCCCGCGCGAGAGGCUUGAAUAUUUCACUCUCGCACAGCGUCACCCGUCGCAAUGAGGACCUCCUUUGUUUUGUUCUUCGCUUUCUUGUUUCUGUUCUGGAGACUGCGGGACUACACGACUCCCUUGAAUGAAGUGGCCAAGGUUGUCGGAUUUACGUGGAUUGCCGCCAUUUUGUCAUAUGUACUAUCCAGGCUUGUGUGGGCACGUGCUUUUGUUACCGAGGUCAGUGGAGAAGGAAGGGCAGUGCUCAUAACUGGAUGUGAUACGGGAUUUGGUCAUCGACUGGCGAAGCGACUCUCUCGCAAAGGCUUCCUGGUAUUCGCAAGUUGUCUCAGUUUCACCAGCCCUGGUGCCAGCGAGUUAAAGGGCUUCUCAAACGUUAACGUUCUAGAGUUAGAUGUGACGAAACAGGAGCAAGUCGACAAAGCCUUCGACGCGAUAAAGAAGCAUCUCGGAAAGAGGGAGCUCUCGGCGGUUGUUGCAAACGCCGGGAUCGGGAGCACCGGCCUUUUGGAGUGGCUGACGAUGGACACGGUCGUCGACGUCUUCAACAUCAACGUCUUCGGGGUGCUUCGAGUCGCCAAGAAGUUUCUACCACUCUUGAAGAAAAGCAAGGGCAGGCUUGUUACGGUAGCGAGUCCCUUAGGUCGUUUUACAGUCCCCAUGAGCGUGCCGUACUGCAUGUCCAAGCACGCCGUGGUUUCCAUGAUGGACGGUCUGCGCCGGGAAUGUCAUGGCAAAGGGGUUGACUUCGUUACAGUGGAGCCUUCGGCUUAUCGGUAUGUUGAAUGAU